UGCGGGCGGGAGGCGGUCCUCCGGCCAGGCCGGGAACGGGGCGGUGUCACUCCACUCCAGAAAAAGGAAACGUGCGCCACCUCUUCUGGAGCGGCGCUCGCUUCUCUUGUGCGAUGGGGCCCCUGCCGCGGACCCUGGAGCUAUUCUACGAUGUGCUGUCCCCCUACUCCUGGCUGAGCUUCGAGAUCCUGUGCCGAUAUAAGAACAUCUGGAACGUCCACCUGCAGUUGCGCCCGACCUUCAUUGCAGGGAUCAUGAAAAGCAGUGGGAACAAACCGCCAGCUCUGCUUCCUUCCAAGGCCAAAUACAUGACAAAUGACAUAAAGCUCCUCGGACAGCACAUCCAGGUUCCCAUCCAGAUGCCCAAGGACUUCUUCUCUGUGAUCCUUGAAAAAGGAAGUUUGUCAGCCAUGCGCUUCCUCACUGCUGUGAAGUUGGAGCACCCUGAGAUGCUGGAGAAAGUGUCCAGGGAACUGUGGAUGCGGGUCUGGUCACGGGAUGAAGACAUCACGGAGCCCCAGAGUAUCCUGGCAGCUGCAGAGAAGGCAGGCAUGUCGACAGAAGGAGCCCGGGCACUUCUGGAAAAGAUCUCAACGCCACAGGUGAAGAACCAGCUCAAGGAGACCACCGAGGCAGCCUGCAAAUACGGGGCCUUUGGGCUGCCUGUCACUGUGGCCCACCUGGAGGGCCAAACCCACAUGCUGUUUGGCUCUGACAGGAUGGAGUUGCUGGCCCACCUGCUGGGAGAGAAGUGGAUGGGCCCUGUGCCUCCAGCCGUGAGUGCCAGACUAUAAGGAUGCCCAGAGGAAGCAGAAUCAUUGGUAUAAGAAGCAGACCAUCUGCUCACCCCUCCUGCACCGAGGGGCACUAGGACCCUGGUUUCCCCAUGGGGUGGAGGCUGUGGUGCCUUAUUUGCUUCACUCUCAGGGCUGCUCUGUGCCUCACAGGUGCCGUUUGAGAGCCCCAUACUCUAGCUUCCCACAAAAUAAACCUAAUGCCAUUGGAUAUACUA